UAAAUGCUCUUCAAAACAACAUUCAUGGUGGUUCAUGGAUUUAGCAAAACAAGAAACUAUAAUGAUUAUGAUGAAACAUAGUAACCAGAAAAGGGGGAAGACUAGCUUAGCUAUUAAGGAUGGUAAUACGAAUCAAAUAUCGAUUAUUUCGUAGUAGAUUAUAUUGCUCCAUGCCUCCAUUAGUGUGAAUCCAAUGACAGGUGGACAUGUAAAUGUCCAUAUAUAAUCAGAGCUUAGUAAUGCCUCUUAUAUGUCAUGCAGCAACCUGUACUAUAACUAAAAAUUAAGCCUCUCUCUUCAACUACCUCAAGUUACCAUGUAAGCAAAUUCCCUCAAGUAACAAAUUUAAACAACAAAUCUCAAAAUUUCCCUUUUUCUAGGCUUUAUCUCUAGCAUCUCAUCUUUAACAACUUAACAAAAGAGAGAGAGAGAAGGAAAGAAAAGCUAUUUUUUAGCAUCAAUCUAUUUGCGUAAGCAGUGUUCAAAGUCCAAACCCAUCAGAUCCAGCUUUUUAACGUUUAAAAGAGUGCACUUAGGGCUAAAACCCAUAUGGUACAUAAGGCUAUCUUUUGGCUUCUCUUAGCUAACCUAUUACAACAUUAUCUAGCAAUUAAAGCUGAAGUGCCAGCAGUUAUAGUCUUCGGGGACUCCUCUGUUGAUACAGGCAACAACAACGAGCUCGCCACAUUCUUGAAGAGCAACUUUGAACCAUAUGGUCGUGAUUUCUUUGGAGGUGAACCCACUGGGAGAUUCUCCAAUGGUCGUCUUCCAUCAGACUUCAUUUCCGAGGCAUUUGGGCUGAAACCAAUAGUUCCUGCCUUCUUAAAUCCAAACUACAACAUAGAUGAUUUUUCUACCGGAGUUUGUUUUGCAUCUGCCGGUACAGGAUAUGAUAAUGCUACAUCUGAUAUGCUAUCUGUUCUCCCUCUGUGGAAGGAAAUAGAGUAUUAUAAGGAAUAUCAGCAGCAGUUGAGGGACUAUCUAGGUGAUGAGAAAGCUAACAGAAUUCUUGAAGAAGCAAUGUACCUAAUAAGCAUGGGAACCAAUGAUUUCCUAGAGAACUACUAUCCACGAACAAGAAGACGGUUGGAAUUUAGUAUUGAAGAGUAUCAAGAUUUCCUUAUAGGGAUUGCUGAAGAUUUCAUAGUUGAUCUAUAUAAGCUCGGAGCUCGAAAAUUAUCCCUUGGUGGGCUUCCUCCAAUGGGAUGCUUGCCUCUGGAAAGAACCACAAACAUCAUGUUUAAACGCCAAUGCAUAGAAGAAUACAACCAGGUGGCUAAGGAGUUCAAUAUGAAAUUGGCGAAUUUGGUGGACAAGCUGAAUCAAGAUCUGAAGGGGUUACAGCUGGUGUUGUCAAACCCUUAUGACAUCCUCUUGGAGAUGAUUCAGAAACCAUCUUCUUUCGGAUUUGACUCUGCAGAUGUAGCAUGUUGCGCAACUGGUUAUGUUGAAAUGGGUUACAUGUGCGAUCAAGACAACCCAUUCACAUGUGCAGACGCUGACAAGUAUGUAUUCUGGGAUGCUUUCCAUCCUACUGAAAGAACAAAUGGUCUUGUAGCCACUCAUCUGAUGAAAAAAUGGUCAACAAAAUUUCUAUAAUAAGGUAUAUGAUCCCUUCUUGUUGCAUUUCCUCUUACAAUGCAAGAGUGCAUAAUAUGCAUCAUUGCAAUGCCCCGUAAGAAACGACACAAUCAAAAGACAAGCAGUCACCUGAGUCCUUAGAGUACAAAGUUCUGUUGAUUUAAUGUUCUAGGAGAGACUGCAACUGAAACGAAUUGCUACGGGAAAACAAAGAGAUAUACAUCCAAUGUAUUCUUAUGCUCACUUACAAUUCGAAGCAAAAGAAUACAAGAAGUUACAACUA